GUAAUAGCGUUGAACGUAAGUCGUUUAGAUAUUCAAAACCAAUUAAUACUUUGUGCUUUGUUUUUAAGCUAUUGUAUAUCAUCAUCAUCCUCGGUUAUAAAUUCAUAUGUCCGUCAUUGCCCAACUCAUACUCUAAAUUCAAAAAGGCUUGAAGCAAUGAGGCCUUCUACAUCAGAUGCUUUACAAUGGUUUGGUUAUCAUAACGGCUUCGCAGCACCUAGUGAUGCAUUUGUGGAAAAUUUUGGUGCACCAAGACCUGGGACACAAGCUGUUACGCCGCUCUUUAAUUAUGGUUCAAAUGGUGGAUCAUUUGGUGCACCAGUUUCAACACCAGUGUUUGGGGAAUCAACAACACCUACAUUUGGUACAUCAUCAACAAUACCAGCAUCUCCAUUUGGUACAUCAUGUACAACACCAACAUUUGGUACAUCAUCAACAACUCCAACAUCCGGUACAUCAUCAACCCCACCAUUUCGGCCAUCAACAACACCAACAUUCACAUUCGGUACAUCAUCAACAACACCAACAUUCGGUACAUCAUCAAUCCCACCAUUUCGGCCAUCAACAACACCUGCAAUUGGUUGUGGUUCGACUGAUGAAUAUCCUUACAAUCCUACAUAUGAAAUUUGUGAUAAUACCAUUGUGGGUCAGAAACCUGGCAAGCUCAUGUCUAUAUCAAGUAUGAAAGUAUACAACAACAAGAGCCAUGAAGAACUAAGAUCAGAGAAGUACCAGCAACAGAGGAACAAAGCACAACCUUUUGGAACCAUUAGCUCAAAUUGUCAAAGCGCUUGGCCACAAGCUUCUAUUCGAAGCAAUAUAUCCUCAGUGCAACCUUCGCAAAGAAAUCCUGGGAGUCUAUAUUCAGUGCAACCUUCUCAAAGCAAUCCUCAGAAUCCAUUUUCAAUCUUUGGUGCCAAUACAACCAGGGAAACUCAAGGCACAACUGUAGGUACUUCGACUGUUGAUGCCAAUACUACUGGGGCAAUUCAAUACACAAUGGUAGGCACUUCAGCUGUGGACGCCAAUGCUCGGGCAACUCAAGGCAUAACUAUAGGCACAAAUGCAUUUGGAAAUUACAACAAUCAACCUUUGGCAGUCUUUGGUUACCCUGCAUUUGUCACAUUAACUCAUCCAACUGCAGCAACAUUUGCUGGCAAUCAUUAUGGCCUUUUUGGGUCCGCUGUACCUGUGUUGGGAACACAGGCUAGUCCCAUUACAGUGCCAUUUGGAGUCCCAACUACUGGAGCUUAUUCAAUCGCUCCAGUAUCAUUUGGAGGCCCAAGUACGAGCUUUGUUAGCCAUAGUGGUGCAAACGGAGCUAAUGAGCCUAAUAGCUUAAACGGAGACCACUUAACUGCUCCAGUGUCCAUUGCAAGCCCUAAUGUAGAAUCUUUUGCAGGCCCAAGUACAAGCUUUGUGGGACUUAAUUUUGCAAAACAGUCUACUAUAAACUCGGUUGGUGGAUCACAUGGAGACAAAAAUACGUGUUGUAACAAGCCUAAGGUAAAAGAAGAAGCUGAUGACUGUUGCCGAGUUCCAAAAGGUCUUGAAGUUAUAGUAGAUAAGUUGGGUUACAACCCUUGGUCAGAACGGAAGGAUAUAUGUAGUGCUAAUAAGCAUGAUUUGGAAGUGGAAGGAGGGAUCCUUCCAUGUGAAGAAGCUAAUAAUGAUGAAGAUAUAGUAGCACUUGCUGAAUUUGCAGUUGAACAACACAAUGCAAUACACAAGGAUGAGACAGUUUAUUUCAUGAAUGUGGUAGUAGCAUGCUUGGAGGCAGUAGGACAUGGGAGGUACCACAUUGUGCUGAAUGCUGUGUCUACUAAAUGUGCUGAUUUUGCUAACCAAAGGAGACACUAUGCUGUGGUGUUGCGCAAGAGUACCCCGCGUCUCAAUCACAUGACGGUGCUCGAGAAAUGGCUGCCUGGCAAGGCUGUUUGAUUAUGUUUAACGCUCUCUUUGCCUGGACACUAGACAUCUCAUAACUAGUACUCUUACUCUUCUUUUGCUUUUUUUUUGUUUUUUGUGAUUAACAUUUGCUGAUUAUAGGCAUUCAUAUAUUAAAGUUAAGCUAUUACAUUAA